AAAGAUGAAAUCCGUAAUUUACGACAACGAGCAUCAACGCCUCAAUACCUAAUAAACUGAAAGGGAUGUGGCCGAAAUUUUUCCAUAAAUAUACUAUUUUCGUGGGCCUCUUCUAAACCACUCCAACUUCAAAUCUUUCUUUCUUCACUUCUAAAGCAAAUUCUGGGUACACAGAUAGAUCUGAUAUUUUUCAUUUUUCUUUUCUGCUGUUGCAAUAAUAUUGUUGUUAUCGUUUCAAAUCCAUCAUUUCUAAUCAAGGUGCAUUUUUACUUAUAACAUGGAAGGUGCAAUUGUCAGGAGGGUCAUUCCUUCAGAUAACAGUUGCCUCUUUAAUGCUGUUGGGUAUGUCAUGGACCAUGACAGAAACAAAGCCUCUGAGUUGAGACAGGUUAUAGCUGCAACAGUAGCCAGCGAUCCAAUUAAAUAUUCUGAAGCAUUCCUUGGAAAGCCAAAUGAAGAAUAUUGUGCUUGGAUUCUUAACCCAGAGAAGUGGGGAGGUGCCAUAGAACUUUCAAUAUUAGUAGAUUAUUAUGGACGUGAAAUUGCGGCUUACGAUAUCCAAACCACAAGAUGUGAUCUGUAUGGACAGGGCAAGAACUAUCAGGAAAGAGCUGUUCUGAUUUAUGAUGGGCUCCAUUAUGAUGCUUUAGCUAUGUCUCCCGCUGAAGGAGCUCCAGAAGAGUUUGAUCAGACAAUAUUUGCAGUAAAUGACAGGACCAUUGGGACGGUUGAGAGGCUUACUCUAAAUCUUGUAAAGGAACAACAGAGGAAAAGGAGUUACACAGACACUGCCAACUUCACUUUGCGAUGCGGGGUUUGCCAAAUUGGAGUAAUUGGUCAGAAGGAGGCUGCGGAGCAUGCACAAGCAACAGGCCAUGUCAACUUUCAGGAAUAUAGAUAAAAGACACCAAGAGGAAGAAAGACCAGAAAUUAAAACCUACUGUCUUUUGAUGAGCUACUUUAGGCAUAGUUCGUUAAUUUGUAUGGUUUUAGUUGUCAGUAGAUUGUUGUACUUGGACCAAUAAACUUGUCUAAUUUAUUCAGUUAACAGUUGUUCACCUCAUUGCCCUCAUCCACCAGAACAAUGCCUUAGCUCCUAUACUAUCAUGGCAAAGGCUGUAUGUGUAUCGUCCACCAGAACGAUCCCUUGAGGCAGAAUCAGCGAAGUAGGUAUUGUACCUUGUUAUCACCUCCUGGCAAUCCUUGUGGCAUGGUGUUAUUUUUUUUUUUUUUUUUUUG